AUGCUGGGCACUGCCGGAAUAACUGCUGUACACGUUAAAAAACUUGGCCACACUAUUGAAGAGAUACGACUGCGAGCUCUGGAUAAUAUUAUUUCCAAGUAUGAUUUAGGUUUUGUUUGUGAUUGCGACGCUGUCAAGAAAGAGAUAAUCCAGAAGCUGUUUAAUUGGUUUUCAUUCGAGACUGCACCACAGGCAGAGAAAGUAUUGAAUUUGUUAUUGUGGCUUUUAAAGGCAGAUGCAAACAGUUAUUUGAAUGCAUUCGGCAAGUUGAAGUUUCAAAAUGAACUUUACGAAUUGAGGCGAAACCUCUCUCCUGAAUGGUAUGCAAAAUUAGAUGAAAUUGAACAAGUUAUUCUGCAUUUAGAAAAGAGUCGGGAUGUUGCCACAGAAUUUGAUAGACAUAGAACACGAACACAAAAUUAUAUUAGAUAUAAGAAUAAGGAUUAUGAAAGAGAAGAUUAUGAUAAUUUGAACGAUAUUGUAAAUCUGCCGUCUAUCUUGGACAAUACUACACCAUUUAAUACAACAUUGGAUCGUGAGACUGGUAUACGAAUUUCCAAAACGAUAGAAGGUGGUAUUAAAUGGCUCGUAAUGCCAUGGCAGCCGCUAGUUACAUCGGACAAAGGAGUACUUACUGCAGUUGAAGAAGCUCUUAAUAAUAUUAUCGAUAUUAAUCAUAUACUACAUACUUGUCAGUUUAUAACGAAUGUUAUGAUGCAAGAUUUUCCAGCAGAAGUUUUCCUUCAGCGACCUGCAAUAAUCACGAUACUUCAUGGUCUUCUUAACUCGAGCACUAACUCUAGUAUGUCAGAAACUAAUGUUACAUGUAUAGUUCCAACUGUGUUAAGAACUUUGCGUAAAUUAACUCGGUCUCUAAGGUUUCGCAUUUAUUAUUACUGUGAACCAUGUGUGGCAAAUAAAAAACAAAAGUUAUUGGGCAGUAAGUUAGAUAGCAAUGUUUACACAUCCUCAGAAGGUGGAGACGGUCCAGAUAGUGGUCUGCCCGAAGCAAACUAUCAAGCAUAUCAAUCAGCAGGGACUAGUGAUAGAAGUCAAAGUAUUAGUGAAAAUAUCGACGAUUCUGUUUUACAGUUGCAGCAGAUGCUUUUACCGAUUUAUUGUAUAGAAUCUUUGAAACACGUUCUUACCCAAUUAAGCAUUCCUAUCGAUUCCAUAUUUCCUCUACGAAACAUCAAAUAUAUUACGGAUCUAACACAUGAAUUAGUACAAUUGUUAACAAUUUGUAUAAUGCCGAAUAUAUGGCUCUGCAACGACGGUACGGCAUCGAAGAUAAACGAUGAUUUGAAAGCGUUAUUCAAUUUAAUGGGUGAAGUGAUGGAAUAUUUUGGAAGCUGCAGUAAUGUCGAUCACUUGAGGAUAACAUACUUGUAUCUUACUACUAUUAUUAUGAAGUUAUUGAGCAGUAUCGUACCAUUAGAGUUAGCGAACGCUGUUAUACCGAAUGCUUUGAAAGCAUCGAUAACAAAUGCUGUGAUGGACGCACCAAUAUAUCUAUUGUAUCCAGCGUUGCAUUCCAUACUUUUAGAAUAUGCUCGUCAAUUUCAAGACUCUAAUCAAACAGCAUCGGUAAAAUUAUAUGAUGAAACUAGAACCGUUGCAAAAUCUUUGCAAUCAGCUAUUUAUAUAUUAAAAAAUUUAUCGGAGCAAUCACCUUCGGAAACGUUAAGAAUGUUACAUGCGUCUAAAUUGAGUCUCUCGUAUCAUAAAAAUUUAAUCUUCGUUAAAACUGCUAUAAAAUUUUUACAAGAUAUCCCGAAAUAUUCUUUAAAUGAUGAGGAUUGUGCUUUGGCAACAAAACUGAUAUUGAAUUUAUUAGCAAAUGCUGAUAUAGACAUUCGAUAUACCACAUAUGUCGAAUGCUACAUUCUGAUUAAGAGUAUUCUGGGGAUAGAAUAUAAUAAAUUAUCAUGGGAAAAUUUGAUAUUUCUUCUUGAACCCAAUGUCCUGACAGAAAUUAUUUCUCAUGGUGCAAACAGUGAAGAUAGCAAGAUAAAUGAAAUGUCGAGAGACAUGUUGGUAUUUAUACUGAAAGGAAAAAUACAAAUGGGCGAAACUGGAUGGUUAAAAACUCUAGAAGCUCUUAUUCCUGUAUUGUAUCUUUUACAAUGUCACGCUGAUACCUAUACACCAUUAGGACAAUGUAUAACUAAAAUAUUUGAUCCCGAUGUUUCCAAUGAUAUACAGUUGCCCUUUCUUGAGGUAUUAAAAGGCAAUUUAAGGUUUCUCUAUUCAUCAGAUAAUGAUAUUCGAGAAGAAGCAUUAUGUCGAUUAAUCUGGCUCCUUGGGAAGGAAAAGGAUUCUGUCCAGAAAUUGCCGCGCUUAUCAUCUUUACACGGCUUGCCUCUUAGUUCACUCUGUAUAUUUGAGCGUAAAAAUUUUGUUAAGCGAUCAGAAGGCAAUUAUCAGAGAAGCAAUAUGUUAUCCGUAUUGGAAAUGUUGAAUGAACCAAAUGUCGAUCCGAAAAUUCGAAAAUCUGCAUUAGUACAAAUUAGUGUGAUGCUUUCAGACACUUCUUUACAUAAAUUGUUUAUUAAUCAAGGUGGGCUGUCUUUGAUUUUGGAUAUUUUUAAUAAAUCACUGGUAGAAAAGAAUUAUGUAAAUUAUCCAGAUUCUGUGAUUCCGAUAAUCAGCAUACUAAAACUACUCGCAUUUUUUGAAUGUACCAUACGACAUGAGUUAUCUCUCAAUACUGAUGUUUUUUUUAACAUUAUAAGAAGUCUCUUUUUGUUUCCAAACAACGAAUGUGUGAAAUCCGAUGGCGCGCAACUAUUGUGUUUACUACUUUAUAAUGAAUAUAUUAUAAGAGUUAGUGAAAGAGAUAUAGAAAAUAAUAUUGCGUCACAUAUCUCGUUACCAUAUAUUGUUGUGACAAACAUGAAACUACCAUUUGUAUGCAAAUCUCAUUGGAAGACGAGUAUACAUAGGCGAUCUGAUAUGUCAUUACUUCAUGGCAGCAAUCCAGUAGUCUUGACUUUCAUUAGACAAUAUUGGGCCUGGGAAUGGAACAGUGGCGCAAACAUGUUAUGGAAAUGUUUAGAUGAUUUAAAGGAUUCCGAAAUUUCACAGAAACUGAUGAUUCUUGAAAACGAUCUUCUUUCUUUACGAUAUAGUUUUCCUCAAUACUGUUGUCAACAGCAACUUUAUAAUAUUCAAAAUUCUACUACACAUUAUAGCGUUAUAUGUGCGUUAGAUUAUCUUACAAUGUAUUUAAAAUUUUACAAAGUACUUAAUACUCAACGAACUGAAGAAAAAGAUAUCGAGUCACUUCCAUGGGAACAAACAUUCGAACGAUUUUUAUUAUCACAUCCCACAAAUAAAGAGGACUGUGACUUAUUUGUGGACGUUCUAAUUUUUCUGCAAUUAUAUUUAAAUGUUGCAAAACGAGAAAAAGGUUCAUGGAUCAGUAGAAUUAUGAAAAACAUGACGAGAUCACUGGCAGAUUUAUUUAAAAAUUUAGAAGUUGACAAUCAGAAUGUACAUCAAUCCACACUCAAAUUAGUACGCACAUGUUCAGCGAUUGAAAAAACGCAAAAAUUGAACGACGAACCUAAAAACACCUGGAUUCGAUUUGUAGAAUUCGUUGUUUCGACAUUAUGUUUUGGAGAUCAGCAGCAUUUCUACAAUCUCGCAUAUCUUGAUUGGUUGCUAACAUGUUUGACGUAUUUGAUUGGGCAGUGCGAAUGGGGAAAUCAUAAGAAUCUAUUAUUGUCGCUUUGCAAUACGCUUAUUGAGCCGAUCGUGUCUUUUCAUGGUGCUGGUGCUGUCAGUUUUAUGGGUUUAUCAAUAACCAGAAAUUCAAUAAUAUGUCUUAAUCAUUUAUUGCAUCAAAUGCAAGUCAAUUUUAAUAAAAAUUCAUGGAUAGUAUUUUGGUGCGAAGAAGGCCGUUCGUUAAAUUGGCUACCCAUGUUAUGGCAAAAUAGAGAUCCUUUGGUACGCGCUUCGGCUUUACAAUUAUUGGCAGGUUUGAUGAACACAGUACAUACUGCAUCGCAACUCUUCAACGCAAUUGCCAUGGCACCGAGUGAUUUGUGUCACACAUUGCUCCAGUGCAUCACAAGCAGAGAUGAAUCUUGUUUAGUGAGAGAACAAGCGUGUAUUGCGUUUUGUAACUUGCUCAAAAAUUGCAACUCUAUGACUUUUCAAUGUGACGAUUCUUUACAACCACAAGCUAUUCUGAUGCAUAUCGAACAACGCAAUGUAUAUCAUGAAAUCAGUAUACUAUGUUCCAAUAUCUAUAUGUUGACUACUUUAGACGCGGAACAAUCAGAAUGUCAAGAAAACGAUAGCAAAACAAUAAUUCCGCAAAGUUUGCAAUCUAGUUGCAUUUCAUUAGUACCACGCACCGUAUCGCACUUAUACAAUUGUCAAAAUGAGUUACAACUCUUUUCCGGCAGGGUUUCAGAAAUAACGGAUGUGGACAAUUUUAUGGAAUCAAUAGCAACGCCUUCACUUAUUACAGCUGCUUGUAAUUUAUUGAACAAUUUAAUAUUCAUUGGACAACAUGAGGUGAUACGACAAAUUUACGAAUAUUCCAUCGAUAAGUAUUUACUUGGAAGCAGGAAAAAUUUGAGUCAUUAUUCUGACACACUAGAGAUGUAUAUUAGCAUUUGCACAGUUUUAACAAAUUGUAUCACGCAUAGCAAUGAAUACGCAGCCGUCGUACUUUUUUCCUCUGAUUCACUUUAUACUAUAUUUUGCUUCCUAAAUAUCGAUUUCUAUCAGUUUACUGAACCGCGUCUGAUAUAUCUACGCAACAGAUUCUGGACAGAGAUUUAUAAUUUUGUGGCUGUGCUUUCAUUAACGGAAGACCAGCACUUUGAAGCCAUUCAAAGCGCGUUAGAAUUAUGUGGCCCUGAAACGGUCAUGGUUUCCAUUUGUUUCUCGAUAAGAGACUCCACGACAGAUUUGAGAAUGAGUGCUAUUAGCCUCUUAACUUUUCUACUGUCUCACGAGAUUCAGAAAGAUUCCCUGGGAAAAAAUAGCACAUUUUUAUUACAAACUGUGCUGGAUACUAAUAUGGCACAUGUCUCGAUUGAAAGCAAGGAUGGUACUUUGCGAGAUGUCAUAUCGAACGUCAACAAAUUAUCAAUAAGAGACGCGAACGCGCAUUCCAGAAAAUCGAAUGAAAGCGAGAAAGAUUUGCUUGCGAAAGACGAUAAGUUACCGGAUCAAGAACAAGCUACUAUAGGAGACGAAUUAUGUGGACUAUUGCUGUAUCUUUUCAUCGCUCAUAGCUAUACAAAAUCCAAAAAGAGCAACAAACAAUCAGAGGACAAAGAUCUCAUUGUAGGCGCCCUUACUAAUCUACUAUGCGUGUCAAAGAAGGCGAAGCGAACGGCAUUAUGGAGUAAUCUUUCUGAGACUGCGUUGAUGAUCCUAAAAGAAUUAUAUGUCAAAUUGAAUCUUCAACCAUUUGAGCUUUACAAGAAGCAAGCGGAAAAGAAGAUUCAUCCUCUAUUACACGAUGUGAAUUGUAUCUUCAUACUUCUGAUGAACUUUAUGUGUGGAGACGUGUGUGUCAAGGAAAGUUUAACAAAGGAAGGCUUAGCAGACGUAGUACAUAAGUUAUGGGCUUGGAUAGCGUUAAAUAAAAUAGUAUCAACGUCCGCCUUAAAAUUACUGGCGACAUUUACGACGAAAUGUAAUGUUGCCGCACAAUCCUUAACAUUAACAACCAUAUUACCGGGAAGUGGAUUAAGGAAAACGCCAAAUACGCUCGCAUUGAUACAUGUUAUUAUACAAGUAACGUGCAAAGAAAUAGAAAGGGCCGGUCAAAUUUUCGAUAAUCAUAAGAUGCACUUUGCUUUUCACAUCCUGCGAAACACGGUGCAUGUUCAUGAGUGUAGAGUCUGCAUUUCGAAGAGUAAUCUUCUUCAAUUUUUUACCAAGAUACAUCCCACUAUCACCAAAAGAACGAAACCAUGGCCAUUAGUGGAAAUGUAUUGCCUAGAGUUUUUAUUAGAUUUUUCUUACUACGAGGAAGGGCAAUUGUGCGUGCCAAAGGCCACUGAUUCUCUAGAUGUCCUAAUGUAUUUAGCAAAAUGUCCUUCAUCAACGAACAGAGUACUUGCAAUAUCGAUAUUACGCAAUUUAGCUUUUAAUAUAGCGAAUAGACCUCGGCUUCUUAGUUCAGUGGAUUUCAUAAAUUUGUUGCACGACGUUUUCAAGAAUGGAUCAUCAUGUGAAAUCAAUUUAGCUGGCUCCAUGCUGUGGUCUUUGAUCAGUAACAACCAAAAAGGAAAACUUAUUAUGCGAAGUGCCGGGUUCUCUCAAAGCAUUCGGGAAGCUCUUGGCAGAUUUACGUUGUCAAGUAUCGAUGCUAGUAAACAGGAACAGGAAUUAGUCAAAGUUCUGCAAUAUGUGCUCACCAUUCUCAGUCCAAUCGAAGUAAAGAACAGUGAUGCUCAACCUAGUUGAUAUUUUAAAGAAUGAUCAA